AUGGAGGUUUACACAUACCUGAUCCUAGGACUAUUGCUGAUAUUGGCUAUUUACUUUCUUAGCUCCCCCCUUGAUAUUAGAACAAAAUAUUUCCAAUUUUAGACUAGAUGAACCUAGUUUAAAUUGGAAUUUCAAUUGAAAAUUUAUAGGAAAAAUACUAAUUUUAUAUAAAAAAGUUUUAAUUAAAUUUAAUAUAUAAAGUUCAAGUAGACUUUACUUUAAAAAUGGCACGUUUUAAAGUAUUCUCUAUAAAAAUAAAUUAAUUAUUUUUAAUCUUAAACCUGUUUUUCCAUAAAGUAAAUUAACCCCCUUUAAUUGGAAUAGGAUUUUUCGUUCCAAUUUAAGGGGGGAUGGAGUAAAGUCCAAAAAAUCUAGUCCAAUUAUUGUCACAGAUAUAAUCUGCUACCCUAUUAAAGGAUGUGGAGCAAUCCACCUUAAUGAGGGAAAAAUCUCAAAAUAUGGAUUUAUUGAAGACAGGAGAUGGUUUUUAGCUAAUGAUAAGUUGGAAAAUAUCACCCAGCGUGAAAAUCCACAAAUUGUUAAAAUUCAGCCAAGAUUAGUUUACAGUGAGGAAGGUAAGCUGACAAACAUGAUUUUGAGCUAUGAAGGAAUGCCAGACUUCAAUCUGGAAAUAAAAGAGCUUAAAAGCGAGAUAAUUACUGUUCCAAUAUGGAAAAAUCCUGUUCAAAGUCAAGACGAAGGAGAAGCAGUCAGCAACUGGAUAUCAGAUGCUCUUAAGCUUGAUACAAGAUACCAUCUAUUCAGAUGUGCAGGUGAGUGGGCCGUGAAUAAGCGCAAAGAAUAUCUUAAUUAUUAUAACUGUUUGGAGUUGGGGUAAUAAAUGGGAACGCUCUGAGAAUUAUAUUGAAAUUGUGUGGAAAAUUAGCUCACCCUCUUAGAUCCUGUAGAUGUUAUCUCACAGUGUGCGCAGGGACCUUGAGGAAGGCAGGAUGGUGUUUGGAAAUGUAAUCCGGCUGGGUUUAUCUUGGUUUGGUGAAGGGCAAUGUUGGGGUGGCCGACCAGAUGCUUCCGAAGUUGGAAAGGUUUCCUAAAAGAGUCAGUGGUUUAUUUCCGACCAAUCAGGACUAUUCCCCAGCGUGAAAGCAGUACUUGCAAACAAUAUGAAAGUGCAGUAUCUGAUGAUUUUAAAACAAUGGCGCCUGAUGCAGCCCAAUUUUUGGUAGUCUGUGAAGAGACUUUUGCAGAAACAGCAAGCAAGCUUCCUGAAUACAAAAGAAAUGAUAUUAAUAUACACGUUUUCAGACCAAAUAUUAUUGCAAGAGGAGCUCCAAGACCUUUUGAUGAAGAGUGGUGGGAGAAUUUCAAGAUCAAUGAUGUGAACUUUCAAGGAAUUGGGAGAUGCGCAAGAUGCAGAGUUACAACAAUUAGCCCAAAAACUUUGGAAUUUGAUUAUCAUGGCGAGCCUGUUUCAACAUUGAGAAAAAUCAACGGGAAUGGCGUGAAAGGCUAUUUUGGAAUGCAUUGUGUUAAGCUAAAUCAUGGAACUGUGAGACUUGGAGAUGAGAUUCAAGUCAUAUCAAGGCGCAAGUUUCCUGAUAUUUAG